UAUCACUCCAUUUCAAGCAGCAAGCAGCAGCAACAUGAGCAAGCGCCAGCUCGACGCGGACGUGAACGAUAGCAUGGGCGAGUCCUCGGACGACGAGAACCUGACGCUGGGCGCCAACGGCGACGCCAACGAGGUCGUCGAGGUCGACUUUGUCUUUACGGACCCGUGCGAGGCCAACUUCCACUCGGUGAAGCAGCACUUGAUCCAGUUCCUGCCCGCGUCCAAGCUCGAUGCAUCCAACUUGGCCAACAUCAUUGUCGGCCAAGUCACCGUGGGCACGAUUGUCUGCAACGAAGGCGAGACCGACGCCUUUGGCCUCAUCACGGCCCUGAGCUUGAAGCGGUACGAGGCCGAGCCGUCGAUCCAGCAGCUCAUGUCGCUCGUGAUCUCCAAGUGCCCGGACGCAAGCAAGCCGCGCCUCGACCAGAUUCUCUCGACCAACAACGUCGGUCUUGUCGUCUCGCGGCGUAUGAUCAACCUUCCGUACCAGCUCGUGCCCCACAUGCACGACGCGCUGCAAAAGGACAUUGACUGGGCGAUCGAGAACGAGGCAACGCCGGAGCUCAAGAACUCGUACAAGUUUGACUACUUCCUCAUGCUCGCGGGCGUCCAGGUCGAGAAGGCGGCAAAGAAGGCGCCUGCGGGCAAGAAGGCCAAGGCGGCGGCGUACACGGACCCUGCGAUCAAGACGUACGACAACUUUGAAGACGAGUUCCUGGAGCAGGAGGCCGACGUGGCGUUUUCGUUUCCCGUCGAGAACGUGCUCAAGGAGGGCGCGGGUAUCCAAACCGAGGUCUCGGUCUUCCUCAUCAAGCGCCAGAAGCACAACGCGUCGCUGGCCAGCAUUUCCGAGAUGCUUAAUGUUUAACUGUACUCUCGACCACGAGAAACCCUC